GCGUGAGAUGCCGUAGUUAACCUAACCAAUUCGUUGGUGGACAAGUUAAGAUAAGGUGUAGAGUCAUCGCGUGCUAACCAACAACGCUGCGAUGGACGAUACGUCGUCGAAAGGUUUGAAAACUAACGAACAAAUUGUAAAAGAACUUACGAAGGAUCUAGAAAGUUCUUGCGUAAGAGCAGAUGAUGACCAGCACGUAGUAUCGAACGAGAAUGUCGCAAAGUCGACGGUAAGUGGUGUGGAAAGUAACAGUUUCGGAUUGGACUAUAUAGAAAAGAAGAGUGACGAGAAUGAUGGUAAAUACGAAGUGGAUGGCGAACACGACACGAAUCCUCUGAAUGAUUACGUGGACGAAGACUCGUUGAAAGACAGAGAACUGUCUCUCUCCGAAAGUGAAAAAGAAACGCUUAAAAACGAGGCGGAGAAGCAUAAGAAUAAGGGAAACGAUUAUUUCAAAAGUGGAGAGUAUACACAGGCAAUAUUGAUGUAUACACAGGGAAUACAAACUUGUCCACUAGCCUACAGCAAAGAAAGGUCCAUUUUGUACGCGAACAGGGCAGCUGCAAAGUCAAAAUGUCUGGAGAGAGAAUCUGCAAUAUCAGACUGUACCAAAGCCAUAGAAUUGAAUCCAAGUUACGUAAAAGCAUAUGUCAGGAGAGGUCAAUUGUAUGAAGAGUCAGAGAAACUGGAUGAAUCUUUGGAAGAUUUCAAGAAGGUUCUAACAUUUGACCCUAGCCACAAAGAUGCAAAUAACGCGGUUCGGAGAUUGCCAGCAUUGAUUGAGGAAAGAAACGAAAAAUUGAAGACGGAAAUGAUUGGUAAACUAAAAGACUUGGGAAAUAUGGUUCUGAAACCUUUUGGACUUUCUAUGAAUAAUUUUGAACUGGAAAAUAAUCCGGACAGCGGUGGUUAUUCCGUCAAGUUUCGUCAGAGCCCUAGUUAAUACGUUGAUCGACGUAUCGAUGUAUACGUAUCAAUGGAUGGAUUGUUGAACGCGUGUCACAGGAUAUUUAUAAAUACUUUAUGUAAAUUCUACUCGGAUGCUGUGUGCUUCUUCUUACUGUAAUAAAGAUGAAAAGGACGUUACGAUAGGUACAUAUUUACAAGAUGUUGAAAUUGGUGAUGUUUCCACACGAAAACCGCGUUGUUCGAUUCACCUCGAUGCGAAGUUGGCUUCUUUCGCGUUACCUAUUGACAUUUUCACAAGUUUGUUUCUAAACUUACGAUACCCCGUAAUUAGU